AUGUUGGACCGGGAUUGGACUCCGAACGGCGUGGCACUGGACCGCUUGUUGGGCAAAGGUGAGUCCAAUCAGGCAGACAAGAUUUGCCUCCUCGCAAAGGCAUGUCAGCGCCAACUCUCCUCCUACCCCUCGCUGGUGCGUGUACGGGCUCCCGCCAAGGUCUUUGGCGACAUCCAUGGGCAGUUCCGGGAUUUGCUGCUUCUCUUCGGACUUUUUGGCAAGCCCUUCCAUUGUGGAGGUGAUAUUCAGACGACCUCCUAUGUCUUCAAUGGCGACUUUGUGGAUCGCGGGGAGCAUCAGCUUGAAGUGGUGACGCUGCUCUUUGCUUUGCAUGUGGUAUAUCCCAUGCAGGUGUACUUGGUGCGCGGCAACCACGAGUUCCGCGACAUGAGCGAAAACAUGGGCGACCUGGGAUUCCUGUCACCUGGCCGCAGCGUCACAGGUUUUGACGUCACAUGUUUUGGUCAAGAGAAAGGCCGAAGGAUAAGGGGGAUAUGUAUGGUGUGUCACAGACAGGGAGCUUUUCCCUGA